AUGGAACCGAGUUUGAUCUUGAUGUUCAUGUCAACCUUUGUGAAUGCGAGGGAUAGAGAGCUGGAAGAGUUUAUCGAAAGAGACAUAAAGGUCUUUUUUUCAUCUUAUCCUGCACAAGUCCUUGGGAUGGAGGAGAACAAUGGAGUUCUGGUGUCCCAUAGCAAGUACGUAAACCCAAGCAAAUACAAGUUUAUUACAAGGGCAAGGCUGGUGAGGUCUGGGGACAAAUAUGUUGUAAUAUUUGGAGAGAAUAACAUCUGUAAGGACGGGAAUUCAGUGAUAAAAUGUAAGGAAGAAAGGCCCUGGGACAUAGACAGGAAGGAGUUCGGCUACACGAUUUCUACUGGAAACAAAUGCAUUACCAAAGGGCCUGAUGAAACCAUUGAGAUGAAGACUUGUGUCAACACUGAUGAUCAAGUAUUCAAUUUUAAACUUGCAGAUGUUGGUGGAUGUGGGAGUAUUGAGUCUCUGUUGGGGAAUGGAAGUCCAAAGAAUACGACUACCAAUGUAAAUAUAUUUCACCCUGAGUCUGAAUAUUUACCAUCUGUCAAGAUAAAAACAAGAGGAAAUGUAAACAAAAAUAUCAUUCUUCCCACCAGAAAAUUUGAAAGUGAAGAUGAGUGCUCUUCUCAUGAAGAAGACAUACACAGCCAUGUAAUUGAAGAAAUGGAUCGUCCGCUGUACGAGGAAGUAGUACCUAAAAGAAAGGUAGUUGUUAAGCGCCUACCGAAAAAAAACCGCUACCAUAAUCAUAGGGUGAGGAGAACCCACCUUGAGCGUCGGCAUAGCCCUCAUCAUUAUGGAAAUAGAGGCUUCUUUGGAGGAGAGCCUAUUAUUUUCUAA